AUCAGGGGGUACAAUUCAUGUGUUGAGCAUUGGAGUGGAACCAGUAGAAACAUCUGUCUGACAUGAGUUAUCAUUAUUCAUUUGACAUUAAUGACGAUGUUCAUCAUCAGUAUAAUCAGUGCUGUUACUGAUUAUUUGUUGUAGAAAUAGUGGGUGAUGGUGUCCUAUUCAUUUUGUGGUUGUUGUUCCUGAAUCUUAUUUCAAAUGUACUCAUUUAGCACUGUAUUUAGAAAUAGGCACGCGUACAUGAUCAGGCAGCUUUUCAGUUUGUUUAUGUACUUGUUUUGUGGUAGUUAGCCAACAGUCGAAGUUUCAAAACGUUCUAACAUGAAAAAGAAUGCAGAAAGAUGGAGCGUCUCUGUCUGAAUUGAAUAUCUUUUGACAUGUUCAGUGAAUGUUGGAGAAUGCCUUUGAGGUCUCCUGCUGUAAGACUGUUUGUUGUCCUGUAAUUCAUAUUUAUUCACAAAAUAUCCAGGUAAGUUAUCUGCACUGUAUAAAGUGUUUCUUAGUUCAAUUUCCCUUAAGGAAUAAAACAGCAGAGAAAAGUUACAGGGCUUCAUUCAUUCGCAAACGUUGCUUUGAAACGUUUUUAAAAAAAUAAUGUAUCGGACACUAUUCAAUCUGUAUCGUUGAAGCGGUACAGAUUGCUCGAUAUACAUUUGAAGGUAAUUCCGGAUUGAGUCAAUAUAUGCAGCGUUUAUUGUGAAUGUGGUCUCCGCUAACACAGGAACAUAGCGUUUAAAUGUAAAUCACGCGGUACCAGGCCUUCUUAACUAGCACUCGUAUUUUACCUCCCCAUGCAAACUUUUUCCUCAUGUGGGUGCUAGCAAGCUAACAAGCAUACUAGGUACUGCUAGUUAUAAACAACCAAUCUAAAGGGCUGGAAGCUUUAGUGAGCUUCGAUUGGGAAAAUAGCGCUGUGACAUCACGUAGUAUUUGCAUAAAGUUCAGCUUUCCCUAACUUUGGUUCCGCCCUGGUCAUGCUCCCUCGCCAAUACUCGCAUCGCCCAAUGGUCCCCCCGCCCACUUCGUUUCCCUCCAGUGAAAAUGAAUGGAGCCUCCAUUGUUUCAUCGCCCUCCUCAUGUUAUAUUAACAUGUACUGUCAUGUUUAACUUCAGCGAUACGGAUUGAAAAGAGCCCGACAUUUCAUGGGCUUGGAAAUCUCCUUUGAUAUUGGGAAUGCUAAUGCUAGUGAAUGUGUUUUGUAAAAUGUAAAUAUACUUUGACUUGUUAGGUUAUGAAAUGAAUGAGGUGUCUUUCAAUUACGAACAUUCUGAAGCCGUGAGAUGGGGUAGAAGUGAUAUUAUAUUGCAGUUCAUUAUCUUGAGCAGGGUGUCCCAAACUCACUCCUGCCCCCAGUGUGCACGCUCUGGUUUUUGCCCUAGAACUACACAGCUGAUUCAAAUCAUCAAAGCUUGAUGAGGAGUUGGUCAUUUGAAUCAGCUGUGUAGUGAUAGGGCUAAAAAACGAACCGUGCACCCAGGGGUGGCCCCGGGACCGAGUUUAGGAAACUCUGAUCUAGAGUGCACUGUGUUUGCUGGUUUGUCCCCGAAAUUCAGAUAGCAUUGAAAUGACAGACAGCAAGACUCAGUGAAAAAGAUUAGUGGGACUUGACUAUGGUCAAUUAUUUCAUUAUCACACCAUUCCAGUCAUGUGAUGUUACACAUGGUGUCAAAAAAAACAAAGUCUCUAUUGUUUGAUAAAGCCUAUAUCAGACAUUGGUCUUUGCUGCUUAAUAGCAUGUUUAUGACUGGUAUAUAGUAGGAGUGUUAGUCAUAUAGUAAGACAAGAAUGUAAGACACAUUUCUAUAAAAUAUAAUUGCUAUCAGUGGGUAGACGUAGGACAGGUAGAUAUGGAUAUGGAUCAGUGUGUAUGUGGGUGUAUGUGUCUCUAGGGGGGACAAUGGGGAUCUGGUGAGGAUUAUUUGCUUAAUACUUCAACAUACAAACAGACCAUUGGACACAUACUCACACCGGAGAACAGCACUACCUAACAUACUGCUGUAGAAUCACUUCAUUGAGUGCACAGGGUGACAGUUCUGAUUUCUCUACUUUCUGGAAAGUUGGUAUAAUUGUUUUGUAACUGGUUUAUUACUUGUACAUGCUGACAAAUUGUAAGACAUACAGAAAGAGGUCUGGUGAAGAGGUCAUUGGCAGUAUGACGUGUUCAAUUCUGUUCUUCCGUCUAUGGCCAGAUUGUUGUUCUUGUGUUUGUUUCCCACAUCCUGUCCUCUUCUCUGUCCUAUUGAUGUUAUCUUGACCUCAGUUCCUGUCUACCUAACACAUAGAGAUGACUUUGUACCAACUUUGAGAGAACAAUCAUCUAUGCCAUUUUCUCUCUCUCACAAGGACACAGGAAGACUGAUUUUUCCACAGAGGACAUUCGUCAGUCAGUCCAUAACUGGACACCAGGGCUAUCUGAGAGUCUGGAGGCAUCAGGCCUGUGGUUGUGUAUGGACUGCUGCUGCACUAAAACAGAGAGGUGGAUUAACACACAACCCUGACACACGGACAAACUCAGUCUGUUCCCAAAGCGGUGGCCAUGUCGUCUCCCUCUCUUCCCAUGCCCUCCCUCCCCCCCAGUCCACUGGCCAUGGAGUACCUCAAUGACUUUGACCUCCUCAAGUUUGAGGUGAAGCCUGACAGUCCUCCUCUUCCUCCCUCCUGUACGCUCCCCAAGUCUGGCCUCCCCCUCGAUCCCUCCAGUUCCCCCGGCCCCUACACCAACCACCCUCCCCAGGACUCCAGCCUCAGCUCCAGCCCAUACAACUCCCUGCCCCCCUCUCCAACGCUGAGCGAUGCCCACCCACCUCCCUCAGCCUCCUCCUCCCUCUCUUCUUCCUCCUCCUCCUCCAUCUCCUUUCCCCUGUCCAUCUCAAACAGCUACACCUCUGGCAUCAGUUCGGGCUCUCAGGGGAAUAUGCAGGGUAGCCCCUCCCAUGGGGGUGCCCAAGGUCCUAACCCUGCUUCUUUGGAAGACCUGAUCUGGCUGGCAGCACUGCAGCAACAGUUUGGAGGGGAGCCGGGGGGGCCUGCAUCCCUGUUGGGGGCAUUGGGAGGAGGGCCAGAGCGGGGAGACAGAGAGAGGGGGCCGGUUGGCAGCUUCCUGGGCUGUGAGGACGCAGUGGAGGCUCUACUGAACUCUGCUGCUGCAGCUGUUAGCUCGCAGUUUCCAGUGCUUUCCCAGAGUUCCAGCAGUAACCUCGGGGAUUCAGGAAGUGACAGUGGAGGUGACAUCUCCUGCUCCAAGGGGACAGAUAUGUGCCACCGUCCACUCCUCUACCUCUCCUCUGGCCCCCAAUCACUCCCUAACGCCAACCCUUCCACGGCAACCUACCCACAACCCCAGAGCCCCUCUGGCCGACUUCAUCACCAUCACCCACAUCAUCAUCAUCACCACCCUCACCACCCCAUGCAUGGCCAUCAUCUUCACCAUCAUCAUCACCUCCAAUGUGGUGGGGUGGAUGAACGUUUCUCGGACGAGCAGCUAGUGAGCCUGUCAGUGCGGGAGCUGAACAGACACCUGCGUGGUGUCAGUAAGGACGAGGUGGUGCGUCUCAAGCAGAAACGCCGUACGCUAAAGAACCGAGGCUACGCCCAGUCCUGCCGCUACAAACGCUUGCAGCACCGCCACGCACUGGAGUCCGAGAAACACGUCCUCACACAACAGUUGGAACAACUACAGUGUGAGCUCUCUCGGGUGCUGAGAGAAAGGGACGCCUACAAGGCUCGCUAUGAGAAGCUCAUCAGUACAAACAAGGCUCAACCUACCCGCGCCAACAACUCCCCCUCACCACCCCCUGAUUACUUCCUCUGAGGAUAUACCCAUGGUGGAGGACAAAAAAGUGAGAGAUGUGAGCGGUGUGUGAAAGAGGAGGUCAGCCUAAAUAAGGCUGUCACUGAGUAAUCAGACUUGGGGAGGAAGUGAGGGAGGGUUUGGUGUGUGUUUGCGUGUGUGAAGGUUGGCAGAUGGGUAGUGGGGUUAGGACAAGGUCCUAUAUGACUGUCAAAUUAGCCCGCUGAGCAAUCAGGUGGACUGUUAACUAAGGGUUAGAAUCGAUCCCUAUAUUUCUUAAUAAACAGGACUAAUGGUGAAAACUGAUAUCACUGUGACGUUCAUAGUAGCACAAAGACCCAAUGAGACAUUUUCAGGAUGCAUCCUGCGCUGGUGAAAUCAGGGCAUUGAAGGACACAGGUCAUCCUCAGACUGACCAAUGCGAAACCAAGGGCUUGUCUUCAAUAAAAAGCUCCAUUGUAUAAUUCAUCCGCCCCUAUCAACUGAUCUAUGCAUAUUUCUUUCAAGCAGAACAAAUGAAAAGAUGAACUUAUGUCCAGACAAUGGAUGGGUUGAAUCCAUUCCCUGACAACACACUGAUAACACCCAACACAGUGUGAUGGUGUAGGUCCGCUGGGCUCAUUGGAAACCCAAAAGUCUGAGCAGUGCAGUGGUGCAGGAUGUGUGGGGGUGUAGGAUGAUCUUCAAGUGUCCAUGACAUGCAGUUGUACUCACCAGCUAAUAUUUCACAGUUGCCUACCAAGACGUUUUUACUCACCAAGACAUGUUACUCACUAUCACAUUUGAAAGAAGAAGAAUCAUAGAAAAAGAAUGUACAAGGAUCAUUUUCCUGAGAGUAUUAUUGUGGUUGUGCUAAAUGAAUAUGGAGAUACACUCAUGUAUAGACGUUAUGCAUUUAGAAAAAGGAUGCAAACGAAUCCAUACUUUGCUUGUUGAAAAUAACAAAACUAUGACAAUGAAGAAUAAUUGCGGUGUGCUAUCUGUGAUUGGUGUUUUGUUUCAAGAGGACGAACGGACAUCCCAAGAGAGCUCUUCUGUCAACUUGUACUGUAGGAACUCCACAAUCAAUCAGCUUUCCCACUAAGACGUGAAGCAAGAGACUGUGGUUGAUGUAGUUGUUGUGGUCAAUUUGGUACAAAGAAAAUCCACAAAAAAGGCAGAGUGCAAAAUGAUAUGUGUGACUGUGUACUGUCUUCCAACUUUGAUAUUACAAUCUAGGGUGUGCUGAAAACACUUUUGUAAGAGAGCGACGACCAUAAUGCAACAAGCACCACAGAGCUGGACACUGUGGAUUCUCAAAGACUGGGGUGAAAUGCAAGAAAAUGCAGACAUUCAGAGACAUCUCGUGAAAUUUGACCAGGAUGGCGACAUUAGAGCUGUUUGUUUUGGCUAGGUGUAGGUUAAUUAAGUGAUUUAUCUGUUUUAUUUAUUCACAGUAUUUAUUCAUUGUUUAUUUAUGUACCAAUUCUUACUAUUUUAAUUUGACUGGUUUACAAUUUCAUCUACAAGCUUUAGUGUGUACUUUUAUUUCCAAGCAGGAUAAAUCAAUACUUCAAUUCUCUUUUUGAUUAUUUUCAACAGUUGGAAUACAAUCAUUAUUGCCAUCAUGGCUUAUGCUCCUGUUGUAGUGUGGUUUCCUAUGAAAUAAAGACAAUAUUUUUACCAUC